AUGGUAUACAUCAAAGACUGGCCCGAAUUCCAAGCACGCAGCAUCAAGCUGUACCAACAGAACCCUCAUAAAGCACGCUACCUCAUCAAAUCUCGGCCCUCAACACAAAGUCUCACGCUCAAAGUCACCGAUGAUACCACCACAAUCAAAUUCCGCACUCGUUCUUCAGCUAUCUUGGGUCGAUUGGAGAUUUUCAACAAGGCGAUGACGUUUGCAAUGGCUGGUUCGAGUCAACCUUUGCAAGAUGCGAAUCCGGAACCUGCGCCAGCACAAGCAGCAGCACCAGCAGCAGGAGCGGCGGCAACAGCGAUAACGGUGGAAGCGAAAGGAGAUGCAGCAGCGACAAAUGGUGCUGCAGCAGCAACAGCAACACAAACAGGUUCAGGAGCAGCGUCAGAUAAGAAGAAGAAGAAGAAAAAGGGGAAGAAGUAG